AGUUAACGAAACUCGAGAUCGCAGCUGAGCGGCCAUGGUUGGGGACCCGGAAUUGGAAGGGGGAACAGAAAUCAGGACAGGGGAGGAGGGAGAGCUGCAGUGACAUUUAGCCACCGGAGCCCACCUACGGCCACUGUCUCCCGGCCUCGGUUUCUCCUCGCAGAAACAGUGGGACCCUCGAGCAGAGCGCAGCGCAGCCGUUCUCCAAUCAGACACCGCAAAGCUGGCGCCACGCCUGCGACCUGGUCCAAUCUCGUCACUGGGAGGGCGGAAACGCGAAGUUCCUACCUGCACCUGUGGCAGCGGUGGCUGCCUCCUGGGUUACCCCACCCCUUCACCGCCUGGGGUUCAGGUUUCUCCAAUCACUUGGCGAAUGACCAGCAGGUGGGCAGAUGUCUUUUCCCGCGUGGCCUCACGCGUAGGAAGAGUCAAAGCAUCAAAGUGAGCGGCUGAGAUCCCAUUUCCUGGCGGCUCCCAGGCGGCGCUGGCAGGGGAGUGGGACGCUCCCGAGAGCGAACGGCUACUCACCGAGAGCGCAGCCCUGGGUAUUCUUCAUCUGGGGCACCGAGCCCAGCCCCUCCGGCUGGAGCCCGCCACACUGCGAGCCCGGGGCCGCCGCUGCAGCCGGCAGAAGCUGGAGACAACCAGCAGCAAUCGGCUUAGCCGGACUGCUAGCAUACCUUCCAGAAAGAAGCCGACCUUCCCAGGACCGCGCGGAGGGACACCGCACGGGAUCCCGGUUUCCCUGAGCGCGCCCCUUUCCCGUUCUCGCUCGCCAGCGGGGUGCAGAUCAGACGCGGAUCAGCAGGGAGCAGAGCAGCGCAGACCACCGCCUGGGAUCCCACCCAGCUGCCUGGUUGCGUAAAGCGGAGAAGGAGCAGAGGGGACGCCGGAGACCACCAAGACAGAGAGACUGCUGCGACAGAGGCCCUUACCCACACGCGGCGUCCAAGGCCCUUCAGCGGUGGGCCAUGGCCGACAGCAGCGCCACGGGCAGCUCUGGCCCUUGGUGGAAAUCGCUAACGAACAGCAGGAAGAAAAGCAAGGAUGCCACAGUGGGGAUGCAGCCUCCAGCCCAGCCUGCCCCCGCGGAGCCUGCACCACCCGCACCACCCGCACCACCGGCACGGCCAGCACCGCCAGCACCUCCCGCCCCGCCGAGCCCAGACUGGACUAACAGCUCCCAGGAGAAUCAACACCCCAAUCUCCUCUCGAGCACCGGGGAGCCCCACAAGCCAGACAAGUUCUGCGUGGAGAAAUCGGGCCACAGCCGCCGCAACUUGAAGAUCUCGCGCUCUGGGCGCUUUAAGGAGAAGAGGAAAGUUCGCGCCACUCUGCUCCCAGAGGGAGUCAGGUCCCAGGAGGAGGCGGGCUUCCCCGGUGACCCCCAGGACGACAAGCAGUAGCCAGAGCUGACUGUCUCUCUUCCCACCAUGCCUCCCAACCCCCAGCUCUAAACCCAAGAAUUCUGGCCUGCCCCUGCACUUGGGGUCUCAUCCCACCAGACUCAGCAUAUCCACCCAAGGCCUCUGCGAUUUCAUUUUCCUGGAAAUGAAAGUGUCAAUUGAGUUGAUAAUAUUUCAUGACUCGAGGAUGCAUGAAAUAUUUAUUUGCAGUAAGAGAAGACACCCGUCACAGAGAAAGUUGGCAUAAUUAUUAUCUUCAAAAAACUAUUCUGUGGCCUCCACUCCUUGCAUCACCAGUGGGAGUGAGAGAGGCACUUCUCCAAGAGAUGGGAGCUCACCUGGGGUGGGGCAGCCCCUCCAGAGGAAGCCGGGCCCUGAUUAAGAACUGGCUGUCGGGGAGCGAUCACAGCGCUGUUUUUAAUGCCUGAGAAACGCACUUUAGGAAUACUGCUGUAGACUCGCAGCUUGUGAGGGAGGGGACGGGAGAGAGCUGGACACGCUCUAAGCAGAAGCGUGUGAAGUCGGGCAAGAUGGCGUUGAAUGUUGACCUACAAAACUGUCCUGCCUGUUUCAGUGUGGACUAUUAAAGCUGCUGCGCUGUAAGACUUAAGGUGACUUUUGUACUUUUUCCAUUGCAAGACUGAAGCCCAUCGUACUUAAAAGCAGGCCUGCAAAGUCCCAGGGAACAGAAUUAAUCAUUUGCCACACAGUGUACUAACAGCUACUCUUGGGGAGCUGCAGGGAGAAUGUUUCUGGGAACCAGCAACACCCAGAGUGGAACCCUGUAGCUGCAUAUCCCUGUUUACUAACCAGAUUCCAGGGAGGGAGAGAGAGGUGCCCUUUCAUUAUCCCUAAAUUCUCUUUUUACUUCACUGCAUCUUCAUACGUAAGUCCCAAUGCUAGUAAUCACUCUUUGCAGUCUCCUUGUGAACCCUGCUAACCAUUGUGUGAAAAUAAACAGAAGGACUGAACUCGUA